AUGGCGUCAAUUGCCAAGGUGUUACGGCCAGCCGUCCAAAGGGCAACUUCAACAGCUCGCCCUGCUCUCAGACCCGCCAGACCGAGCAGAAUAUACCAACAUGCCAGACAUCUAUCUGCCACUGCACGACGACGCAAUGACACAGUCGACAUCGGCGACAUCCCUCCCACGCCCAUUACCCACAUGUCCGAAAUAGAAGUUGCAAUGGCAGACUCGGUCUCCAAAUUUGCAAACGACGUAAUAGCACCUAAAGUCCGCGAGAUGGACGAGAAGGAAACUAUGGAUCCAUCGAUAGUAGAGCAGCUCUUCGAACAAGGGCUGAUGGGUGUCGAGAUCCCGGAGGAAUACGGUGGCGCGGGCAUGAACUUCACAGCAGCUAUUGUGGGAAUCGAGGAGCUGGCUAGGGUUGACCCCAGUGUCAGUGUGAUGGUCGAUGUGCAUAAUACUUUGGUCAAUACGGCGAUAAUAAAGUAUGCGAGUACGGAGCUGAAGAAGAAGUGGUUGCCGCGGUUGGCUACGAAUACCGUUGGCUCUUUCUGUCUGUCUGAACCAAUCUCGGGAUCAGAUGCCUUUGCCCUUGCUACCAAAGCUACAAAGACGGACUCUGGAUACAAGAUCUCAGGAAGCAAAAUGUGGAUCACCAACUCAAUGGAGGCCGACUUUUUCAUUGUGUUCGCAAACCUCGAUCCCAGCAAAGGCUACAAGGGAAUCACCGCGUUUAUUGUCGAGAAGGGCAUGAAGGGUUUCUCAAUAGCCAAGAAGGAGAAGAAGCUCGGCAUCAAAGCCAGCAGUACUUGCGUGCUCAACUUCGACGAUGUUGAAGUCCCAGAAGAGAAUCUGCUCGGUAAAGAAGGAGAUGGCUACAAGUACGCCAUUGGACUCUUGAAUGAAGGUCGAAUCGGCAUCGCUGCUCAGAUGACUGGUCUAGCCCUGGGGGCUUUUGAGAAUGCUGCCAAAUAUGUCUGGAAUGAUCGAAAGCAGUUUGGACAACUAGUAGGCGAUUUCCAGGGCAUGCAACACCAGAUUGCACAGUCAUAUACUGAGAUUGCGGCGGCGAGAGCGUUGGUGUUUAACGCGGCGAGAAAGAAGGAGGCUGGAGAAAACUUUGUACAAGAUGCCGCGAUGGCGAAGUUGUAUGCGUCACAGGUUGCCCAGAGAGUCAGUGGCCUUGCUAUUGAGUGGAUGGGAGGUAUGGGAUUCGUGAGAGAAGGUAUUGCAGAGAAGAUGUGGAGAGACAGCAAGAUAGGGGCUAUUUAUGAGGGCACCAGCAACAUCCAGCUGACGACGAUUGCGAAGCUGCUCAAGAGCCAGUACUCAACCUCAUAG